GGAAAAGCGCCCUCAAGAUGAUGUUUCAGUAUUUGAGGCCACCAUCAUUUGGCAAUCUGAUGAAUUCUCGGGAUUGCUUUUACUAUUUGGAUUUGAGUAAGAAAGCAUUUGGCCUUUUACCGCCAAAGCCUGGUAGUAGUCGUUAUUGGUGGUUGUAUUAUAUGUGGACUGGUCUAAUAGCUGUGACGGCCAUUGUCUAUGCACCGACUGUAUUUUUCAUUACCUACCACCGGGCCUUAAAGACUCUAACGGCCACUGAUUUAUUUGCCUCACUGCAAGCGCCUAUCAAGUCCUUUUCGUCCUCAACGAAGGCCAUCAUUGUGUUUAUAAACUACAACAGAUUUGUUAAAAUCAACGAGUUACUCGAUCGUAUGGAUCGACGUAUUGAAAAGCAUGAAGAUCGUGUCCUUAUACAUCGCACUGCUGUGCGCAGCAACUAUGUGGAUAUAUUUUUCCAUUUCCUCUACUUUGGCUACCUAUUCCAAUGUGCUCUCAAUGCUUUGCUCCUGGGCAAGACACCGUAUCGUCUCUACAAUCCAGUCUUUGGCACAGAAACAUUUACGUUCAGCUUUUACAUGGCCACUUUGGUGGAAUUGUUCAUUGUGGGCAUUGCCCUCUCUAUGAAUCUAAUUACCGAUGUUUAUCCCAUUGUUUUUGGUCUAAUUAUGCGCUCGCACAUAGAGCUAUUGAGAAGGCGCAUCGAGGAGUUGCGUUCGGAUGUCGAUAAGAGUGAGGAGAAGAACUAUAACGAGCUAGUCGACUGCAUUAAGGAUCACAAACUAAUUAUGAACUACUGCGAUAUUAUGCGUCCAGUUAUCACAAAGACUUUGUUCAUGCAAAUGCUGAUGGUUGGCCUUCUACUGGGUCUAUCGAUUGUCUAUGUGUUCUUCUUUGCCGAUUUGUGGACAGCCAUUGCCACUAUUAAUCUAUUCAUUGCCUAUGUCUUUGAGUCUUUCCCUUUUUGCUACAUAUGCAAUCAGUUGGAAAAUGACGCCAGUACAUUGAGCCAAGCUAUAUUUCAGUCGAAUUGGAUCGAUGCUAGUCCACGUUAUAAGUCGACACUGAUUUAUUUCAUGCAUCAUGUGCAAAAACCAAUUGAAUUCAAUGCUGGUGGCAUCUUUUCAUUGAAUGUCAAUACAAACGUUCGGAUGGCCAAACUUGCUUUUUCAGUCGUCACAAUUGUCGAUCAGAUGAAUCUAGCCGACAAAAUGUCUUAAAAUGAUUUUAGCGAGAAUCAAAAGAAUAUAAAUUUCCUUUUCUAAUAUAGAACAUAGCUUUUGUUUUGGCAAUUGCAUA